GAAGCCGGAACCUCGUCGACGAGAACGGCAACCGGACCUCCAGAUCGGAAGCUGGGAAUGGUGGCCAAGGAGAUGGAGGCCGAGAUUGAGUACCAGCUUGAGGAGGUGAAUGAGGGCAUGAAGGAAUCCAGAGGGUCCCGUUUCAACCUCAUCGCCGGACAGCUCGGAAUCGGAGUCCUCGGCCGCCGAUCUGGCCGUGAGACGCUUAUCAUCGCACCGGAUAACCGGUGGUACCGACAAUGGACGAAGUUGAUAGUGGUGUUGGCAGUGUACUCAUCCGUUUUUACUCCCUUUGAGUUUGGAUUCUUCAGAGGGCUCCCAGAGAACCUCUUCUUGCUUGACGUUGCUGGACAGAUUGCCUUCCUUAUUGAUAUUGUGGUCAAGUUCCUAUUGGCCUACCGUGAUCCCCAUACUUAUCGCAUUGUCUCCAAUCCCGCCUCCAUUGCUAUUCGCUAUUUGAAGUCUGGUUUUGUGUUUGACUUCUUGGCCUGCCUUCCCUGGGAUGCUAUUUACAAGGCUUGUAAUAGAAAAGAGGAGGUGAGAUACCUGCUGUGGAUCAGGCUUGUCCGGGUAGUCAAAGUGACUCAAUUUUUAACAAAGAUGGAGAAGGAUAUCAGAAUAAACUAUUUGUUCACAAGGAUUGUGAAACUUAUUUUUGUUGAACUCUAUUGCACACAUACAGCAGCAUGCAUCUUCUACUACCUUGCCACCACUCUGCCUGCCUCUAUGGAAGGCCAUACUUGGAUUGGUAGCUUAAAGCUUGGUGAUUAUAGCUUUGAAAACUUUAGAGAUAUUGAUCUUUCUAAACGUUAUCUCACUUCAUUGUACUUUUCCAUUGUUACCAUGGCUACAGUUGGUUAUGGAGAUAUACAUGCAGUCAAUCCUAGAGAAAUGUUGUUUGUCAUGAUCUAUGUUUCAUUGGAUAUGAUUCUGGGAGCUUACUUAAUUGGUAACAUGACUGCUCUGAUUGUAAAAGGAUCGAAGACUGAAAAGUUCAGGGACAAAAUGAAGGAUUUGAUCAAGUAUAUGAAUAGAAACAAACUUGAUAAAGAUAUAAGAGAACAGAUCAAAGGACAUGUACGCUUGCAGUAUGAGAGUAGCUACACAGAAGCCUCUGUUCUACAAGAUAUCCCAGCCUCAAUUCGUGCCAAGAUUAGUCAAAGCUUAUACAAGCCUUACAUUGAGGAUGUCCCCUUAUUCAGCGGAUGUUCAGCUGAAUUUAUUGAUCAAAUAGCAAUCAGACUACACGAGGAAUUUUUUCUUCCGGGAGAAGUGAUAAUGGAGCAGGGCAAUGCUGUAGACCAACUUUAUUUUGUCUGCCAUGGUGUUCUGGAAGGAGUUGCAAUUGGGGAGGAUGGAACAGAGACUAUUGUGCCAUUAGAGCCCAACAGUUCAUUCGGAGAAAUCGCCAUUCUCUGCAACAUUCCUCAACCUUUCACCGUUCGAGUUUGCGAGCUUUGCAGGCUUCUUCGAAUCGACAAACAGCUUUUCACAAACAUUCUAGAGAUAUAUUUUGUUGAUGGCAGGACAAUCUUAAGCAACCUUCUAGAGGGAAAUGAAAACAACAUCAAGAUCAAACAAUUUGAAUCAGAUAUCAACCUUCACAUCACUAAGCAAGAAUCAGAGCUUUCUCUGAGAGUAAACAGUGCAGCAUUCCACAAUGAUUUGAAUCACUUGAAAAGUUUGAUAAAAGCUGGUGCAGAUCCUAAGAAGACUGAUUAUGAUGGAAGAUCACCUCUGCAUCUUGCAGCAUCAAGAGGGCAUGAAGAUAUGACUUCAUUCCUCAUUCAAGAAGGAGUAGACAUCAACCUCUCUGAUAAGUUUGGAAACACAGCAUUGUAUGAAGCAAUAAAGAAUGGGCAUGACAGAGUGGCUUCAAUGCUGUACAGAGAGGGAGGAAGAUUAAGUAGUGUGGGAAAUGGUGGUGUUGAUCUUUGUAUGGCAGUUGCAAAAGGGAAUGUGGAGUUGUUGAGAAGGAUGUUGGUGUAUGGGAUGGAUCCAAAUGGUAGAGAUUAUGAUCAGAGAACAGCAUUGCAUAUUGCUGCUGCUGAAGGACUUCAUUUCAUGGCAAACAUGUUGUUAAGUGCUGGAGCAAGUCCUGCCUCCGUUGACAGAUGGGGGAAUACUCCAUUGGAGGAGGCACGGAGGUGUGGGAGCAAAUCAUUGAUAACUCUUUUGGAGGGCGCCGAAUCCAACCAACUCACACCUGGAGAAUUGCAAGGUCACAUAAAUCAGAGAAGAUGUACAGUAUUCCCUUUCCAUCCAUGGGAUCCAAAGGAUAAGAGAAAGGAAGGUGUGAUGCUUUGGGUCCCAAACAUCAUGGAAGACCUCAUCAAGUCCUCCAUGGAACAACUACAAUGCUCUACAGCGAGCUCAUACAUAAUCCUCUCCGAGGACGGAGCCCGAAUACACGAUGCAGAAAUGAUUGUUCAUGAUCAAAGAUUAUAUUUAAUACCUGAUGCGAAUAAAAACACGGUCGAGUAAUGAAAGAUCAGAUGAUUGAUUGAAAUUGAAAUUUCUCA